AUGCUAUUAAAAAAAGGAAACUAGUAACAGAAACAAAUAACAGAACAAGUAAAGGGAAUAUUCGUUCCCAAAGAAAAAAGAAUCGAAGCUAGAAAUGAAAUAGCGAGAGCUCAUUUUCAAAUUGGUUAGGCUGAUGAAAAAUUUCCAGCCAAAUCUUUUUCACAUGAUCAUUUCGCUGAUCUUGAAGUUAAGAACAAUCAAUAUGAAGAAAAUCAAAAAAUUGCAUAGUAAAUCAAGCAAACACAUUUUAACAUUGGAUAAGGGAAAUAGUUUUUUAGGGAAACUAUUAGUUCCUCGUCAUAUAAUCAAAUUCCUACAAAAAAUUUACAAAAUACGAAAUUAAAUUAGGAAGUUAAGAAUGAAUUGAGGAAAGCGCACUUUCAUUUUGGGAAUGAUGCAGUUUAGUAUGAAACAACAAACAAGCGAACUUUUGCUGCUAAUGAUUCUACUGCUGGGGGUACUGAUAAAAAGACUUAGCUUGAAAGAAUGCAAAAAAUGAGGACUUAGCAUUUCACAUAUGGAAAGGAUGUUCCAUAAUACUAGUCUAUGGCUAAGAAAGAUUAUCAGUAGCAUGACACUAUGGAAGCAAAGAAAAAUUUGCUUAUCUCAAAGUAAAAUGGAAAGGAACUGAGAAAAUCUCAUUUUAUGUUUGGAACUGAUUAAGAAACUUAUUCAACAAACUAGUAAGCUAAGUAAGUUUCCUAGAUUAAUGAGAUGAGAUAAGUACCGAUACAAAACUCAGUAAAUCUAAGAAAAAGUAACUUCUAAAUAGAAUAAUCGGCUUAAGGAGGAGAUUAUUUUACUUAUGAAACAGUGACUGGAACAUAAAUGGGAGCAGUUAGUGGAGGGAAUUCCAAUUACUAAGUUAAAAAAGCUUAAAUGGAUUAAAUGAAUGCUUUAAAAUAAGAUUUAAGAUAGGCUCAUUUUCAUCUAGGGUCUAAUAAUGAUUAAAAUUAAUAUCUGUCCUCCUCGAAAUAAGCUCUUGUCGAUCACUAAAUAUCACAAAAUACGAAUAAAGAGGCAAUGGAACUUAGUAAAAAAAUGUAGCAUGCAAAUUUUAAUAUUGGAGAUAAUAAAAAUAGAAAUUUAAAAGAGGCCCAAUCAUAAUAUAAGUAAACAAUUAGUGCAUAAGCAACAACCAAAAACUAAUAAAGUGCCACUGUUUAAUUAGGACUUAGAAACUCUAAUUUUCACUUUGGGAGUGAGAAGACUGUUAAUUAUACGUCUGAGACGAAAGAUAAAUUUAUACCUUAAGAAAGCAAAUCAAAUAAUAAUUAAGAUAUAUCAAAAAAUCUGAAAGGGCAUCAUUUUACAUUAGCUGAAACGACUAAAUAGGGAGAAUAAUCAAAGAAUUACUUUGCCACAGUGCAUAAACAAGAAUAUAAUUACAAAGGCGAUCCUUCCUAGAUAAGAGGUAAAAUGGCUGAUGAAGUAAAAGCUGAUCUGAGAGCUUCACAUUUCAAGGUCGGAUUUGAAUAAAUCAGUCCAUUCGGAUAAUUUUAAUCUAGACCGAUUUCAGCCUCUGUUUCAAGGCCAGGAGGUCAAUUUUAAUAGGCUAAUGGUUAGAACUAGGGCAAUCUUUCCAUGAACUCUUCAUAAUAAAUUCUAAGACCAUAUACAUCAAUCCCAGGUUCAAAUUAAUAAUCGUAGCAAAAGAAAAUCAUGACUGCUGCUGAAAUGAAUGCUUCUUCUCAUGUCUUUUCUUAGUCCAAGGAUAAAAUCGGUUCUGAUUAUAAGACAAGUAAUUAAUAGUUUUUUAAGUGGAUUUAGCCCUCGAUUUACUGA